UUUAUGUAUGAAUCUGCCUUGUUGGUUUGUUGAUGUACCGUUACAUAGUAUGUUUUAUUAAAUUAUAAAUUAAAAUGUUACAUACUGUUUAAAUUUUUCAGUUUAGUCCAUUAUUUAUUUAUUAAACAAUGAGUGAAAAGAAGAAAUUUAGUGCUGCGACACUGCCGAGUAACAAAAUAUGGUGGAUAACAUUUGGAAUAUUGUGUGGUGCUACAUUUCUCACAAGAUUUUACAAAGUUUUGGAACCUGAUCAUGUGUGUUGGGAUGAAACUCACUUUGGUAAAAUGGCAAGCUGGUAUAUAAACAGGACAUUCUUCUUUGAUGUGCAUCCACCACUUGGCAAGAUGCUGAUUGCCUUAUCCGGCAAACUAACUGGUUAUGAUGGAACAUUUCCAUUUGAGAAGCCGGGGGACAAGUAUGAGGGCGCUCGGUAUGAGGGAAUGAGACUGUUCUGCACAACCCUAGGAGCUUUAAUAAUUCCAUUGACAUUUUUAACUGUUUGGGAGAUGACUAAAUCACUGGAAUGCACAUUAAUUGGCACCAUGCUAUUGUUGUGUGAUGUGGGCUUUUUGACUCUGAAUAGGUACAUACUACUAGACCCUAUAUUACUGUUCUUUAUGAGCUGCUCCAUAUAUGGAGCAUUUAAGGUCCGAACGCUAACAGACGAGGGUCUACCCCCGUUCUCACCGCGCAUGUUGUCAUGGCAACUGUUCUUAGGCGCAUCGCUCGCAUGCACCAUGUCCGUUAAGUUUGUGGGCCUGUUCGUCGUCUUGUUUGUGGGUUUGCGCACUAUUGCUGAUCUGUGGAAUGUGUUAGGGGAUUUGAGUCAGCCUGUUAGCUUAACUGUAAAGCAUUUGAUUGGUAGAUCAGUAACGUUGAUCCUGUGGCCCAUAAUGCUCUAUGUUUUCUUCUUUUGGAUACAUCUUACUGUUCUUAGUAAAAGUGGUAAUGGCGACGGUUUCUACUCAUCCGGUUUCCAAGCCCGGUUGGAAGGCAACAGUUUGCACAACGCGAGCGCGCCAAAGACAGUCGCGUAUGGCGCGUUAAUAUCGCUGAAGAACCACCGAACUGGUGGGGGGUAUCUACAUUCUCAUCAUCAUCUGUACCCUUCUGGAGUUGGGGCUAAGCAGCAGCAGGUGACAACCUACACUCACAAGGACGACAACAACCGCUGGGUCAUAAAGCCCUACGACAAGGAACAAGUGGAGGGGACAGUAAUGGUCAGGAGUGGGGAUCUAGUGCGCCUAACGCAUGCGCCGACCGGACGCAACCUACACUCACAUCGCGAGAGGGCGCCGCUCACCACUAAGUAUAUGCAAGUCACUGGUUAUGGGGAGGACGGUAUCGGCGAUGCAAAUGAUGUCUGGAAGAUCGUAAUAUCUGGCGGCAAAGACGGUGAAGAAGUACAGACAGUCAGAAGCAAGCUUAUGUUCGUGCAUUAUUUGCAGGCCUGCGUCCUAACUACAACGGGCAAGCAGCUACCUAAAUGGGGUUAUGAACAGCAAGAAGUGGCGUGCAACCCUAACUUACGCGAUAAGAACGCGUUGUGGAAUGUAGAGGACAAUCUAUUUGACGACCUUCCCAAGGUGAGCUUCGAGUCAUACUCGUCAGGCUUUGUAGAGCGCUUCUUCGAGUCUCACGCAGUCAUGUUCCAAGGGAACGCGGGACUUAAGCCCAAGGAGGGAGAAGUGACCUCACAGCCGUGGCAGUGGCCUAUUAAUUAUAGGGGUCAGUUCUUCUCAGGCAGUUCCCACAGGAUCUACCUGCUUGGCAACCCGGUGGUGUGGUGGGGGAAUCUGGUGUUCCUCGCGAUAUUCUUCGUGAUAUACGUCGUCAACUCCGUCAGGGAGAAGAGGGCGGAGGCCUUUGGUACUCCUCUACCUGAUGGCAAAAGCCGAGAGCUGCUAAACGCAGCAGGGUGGACGUUCACGGGGUGGGCGCUGCACUACGUGCCGUUCUGGGCGAUGGGCCGCGUGCUGUACUUCCAUCACUACUUCCCGGCGCUCGUGUUCAGCUCCAUGCUCACAGGUAUCCUUACCGAAUACCUGCUGACCAGCAUCAAGAAUUUCCUGAGCCCUGAACUCGGGAAGACAGUGUACCACUGCAUCAUAGGACUAGUGGUGUCAACGACAAUCUAUAGUUUUUAUCUCUUCGCGCCUUUAGCUUAUGGCAUGAACGGCCCUUUGGCUCAUGAGCCGAAUUCCACUAUGGCCGGGUUGAAAUGGCUUGAGACUUGGGAGUUUUAGUCGAAAGGAGGUUGAAUAUGCGUACAAGGAGG